UUGAACGUAAUGACGAUUUGACAUUUUUUUUACAGUGCGUCGAGUAUGUCAUUAUUCUCUAAAGUAAAAAUGACAAGAUCUAAAACGUUUUCUGUUUCAUAGUCUAAACUGUCUAAACCGUUCUAAACUGACGAAACAUGUUCAUUUAUUAAACAUUUCGAAAAGCUAGGUGUCUCCAAACACCUAGCUAUUCGUUCAGUGUGCGUUCCUCGCCCAAAUAAUAUUAGCAUAAAAGGUAAACAAAUGAGGGAUGAAAGGAGGUGAGGCUAUAUGCCGAUACAGGGCCUCUAUAGAGACAUGAUGGACCGUUAAAGGCGCCGCCCCCAUAUUAACACCUCAUAAGAGUCUGGAACAACAGCAGUUAGUAAAGAAUGUACAGGUAUUCUCUUACUGUAGUCCUCUCAGUGUAUAUAAAGGUGAAUCCCCCCGUCCUCUCUAUCCACUCUUCUUCUGUCUGCCAUGCACGGCGUCAUGACCAAAGCCAUGUGUGCGGGUUUUAGGCCGAUGCAGGAAGAGUCCAAAGGAGCUCAGAGACGAAAAUACAAAAGAUACACGAAAGCAACAUAUGUUGGACUCCUCGCAUAUGUCAUUCAAGAUUCUCCAAACAAGAUGCUCACAUUUAGACAGAUCAUGGAGAAACUUGGCGUAUUUGUUUCUGGGGACAGAAAGGGUCUGGAAAACAACAUCAGAGUCUGCCUGUCGUCCAACAAAUGCUUUGUCAAGGUGCCAGUUGAUCCAGACUCUCCAAAUGCUAAAAGGAACUUUUGGAAAGUGGACGAGAGCUGCAUAACCCCAAAGAUGCUGCGCCGCCACUUUAGUGACAUGACGGCUAUGCUGCCCAGCCUCAUCCCUCAAGGGCAGGGUAAAUGUGAAAGUGGAACUGUGUUAGAUCCUCCUUCACCAGCCUCAGGCAGCAAGGAGAGCAAUCGUGCCAUCAAAUUCAGCAGCCCGUUUUCAAUAGAAUCAUUGCUGAAGAAGGAUGACCACGCUCAACCGAGGAUCCCAUCCGGUCAGGACAGAGGAGACCUGUGUGACUACAGACUGACUGCUGCAGCCAGCAGCCAUGAGGACAUGUGA